AUGAAGCCAAAUAAACGAGACAAGGAAGAAUUAAUUAAAUUAUUAAAAAAUGAAUACAAAGAUAAUGAUGCUGAACUGAAGCUGAUAAAUGAAUUCAAUCAUAAAUAUCAAUCGGUGAAGGCCAUAUGGUGGUAUACACGUGAGUCAUGUGUUUAUCGAUUAUUGAAUAAGGCGUUACGCAUACAAAACGUAGACAUCUUGUUUCUUUUUCGUAAUGUUAUUCGAGAUAUUUUUGAGCAACUACGUGCUCAUCAAUGUCAGGAACAUAUAACAGUUUAUCGUGGUCAAGUUAUAUCAAAAGAGGAAUUAAAUCAAUUACGUGAAUCCAUGGGAAACAUCAUUUCUAUGAAUUCAUUUUUAUCGACAACAUUGAAUCGUCGUGUAGCAGUAGAAUUUCUUCAAGAAAGUAUAAGUUCUUCAUCAGUAUCUGAUGAUGUAGUUCCAAUACUAUUUGAAAUUGAAGCUGAUCCUUGCGUCUUGGACGACACAAGUCAAGAUAACCGGCGGCCAUUUGCAAAAGUCGCUGGACUGAGCGCUUAUGAAGAUGAAUCGGAAGUUCUCUUCAUGCUCGGUUCAAUAUUUUGUUUGAAUGAGAUCUAUUAUGAACAAUCCUCAGCUGAUUCGACAAUGUCAAUCAUUCGAAUGACAUUAUGUGGUGAUUAUGACAACGAUCUCAAACAACUUUAUGAUCACAUGAAGAAAGAAUACCACAGAGAGGAAGCGAAUCUUCUUUCUCUUGGUGAUACGAUGUUCGACAUGGGAAAAUUCGAUCUGGCCGAAAAGUACUAUUGUCGAUCGCUGAGAGAACUUCCAUCAGAUGAUUCGUCACUUUCUGAGUUGUAUCAUAAUCUUGGUAUGGUUGCUGAUGCGAAAGUGAAAGCUACUUGA